AUGGCAUCAACAUCUCAGAAUUCCGUGUUUGAAGCACCUCCACCAGCCCAGUCUAUAGGUGACGUGGAUAAGAAAAGUCCUGAAUCGCCGACAGUCUUUGCCCCCGACGACUCGACCUCUUCCGUCAGGCGCGGUAGUAUUGAACAACCCUACAGAACAUACAAGAUCCGUUGGUUCGGGCUUUUGGUGUUGACACUGCUCAAUAUCAUGGUCAGCUGGUCGUGGCUCACGUUCGCGCCUGUCACUUCCUCUACCGCUGAGUUCUACGGGACAGACGAGACAAUGGUGAACUGGCUAAGCAGCAUCUUCGUCUUUGCAAACUUCGCCAUGACUUUUGUAACCAUCAAACUCCUCGACUGGGGUCUUCGUCCAACUCUGAUCAGCGGCAGCGCACUUCUCCUAGUAGGCAACUGGGUUCGGUAUGCUGGAUCUUACUCUUCCGACGGUAACAAAGUUUCCGUCGUCGCUGUCGCUCAAGCGCUUUUGGGCAUGUCGCAGUCUCUUGUGCUAAGUGCCCCUACACGCUUCUCUGAAACGUGGUUCACGAGUAAAGGGCGUGUGGCGGCGACGGCUGUUAUGAGCCUUGCGAAUCCAACUGGUGCUGCGAUUGGAUCCAUACUUGUUCCGCUGUGGACGAAUGAACCGAGCGAUAUCUCUUCUGUGGUAUUAUACGUGGCCAUUAUUUCAUCGGCGGUCGCCAUCCCUGGCAUCUUUAUCCCUGGCAAGCCGCCAACUCCCCCAUCCGCAAUUCACCAUACCGAACGGCCCAAGGUCUUACCCUCAUUACGUAUACUGAUUCGGUCGUUGGAGUGUUACCUCAUCAUCAUCCCAUUCUGGGUUUACACUGGCCUUUUUGUCGCCACGACAUCCCUCAUCAAUCAGAUCGUCACGCCUUACGGGUUCUCAGACACAGAGGCCGGCAUUGGAGGCGGUCUCCUCAUCGUUCUAGGUCUCAUCUUCUCUGCCAUCACAGCUCCCAUCAUCGACCGAACCAAGAAGUUCAUCCUCGUCAUCAAAUGCGGAGUAGUAGUUGGUGGACUAUGCUACCUCGCGUUGGUAUGGGUCCCAAGUACAAAGGAUAUCGGUGCACUGUAUGCUGUUCUCUGCUGCAUCGGCAUAUCGUCACUCGCUAUCGUCCCUGUUGUUCUGGAAAUUCUCACCGAGUUCUCGUACCCCGCGGGCGCCGAGAUCACUAGCACUACUGCCUGGGCGGGCGGUCAGCUACUUGGAGGUUGCUUCAUUAUCCUCGGUAACGGUAUGAAGGCUGCUGAGAGUGCUGAGCCACCUCGCAACAUGAAGGACUUCACCAUCUUUCAGGCUGUGUUGGCAAUGGCGAUGAUACCUUUGCCCCUGAUGCUGGGGAUGUUUGGACGCAGUGAUCAAGUAGCUUUGAAACGCACGAAUGUGCACCAGAAUAUGUAA